AUGAUCGAACCCAUUGGGAAUCAGUACAUUGUAUCCAGGCCAGUGUAUUCUGCAAAUGCUUUUGGGGAGGAACAUGGGAAGAAACAGAGACAUCAUAAGACCUUCCUGGAUCACCUCAAAGUGUGUUGUAGCUGUUCCACACAGAAGGCCAAGAAGAUUGCCCUGUCUUUGUUCCCCAUAGCAUCUUGGUUACCAGCCUACCGGAUAAAGGAAUGGCUACUCAGUGACAUUGUUUCUGGAAUCAGCACGGGGCUCGUAGCUGUACUACAAGGUUUAGCAUUUGCUCUGCUGGUCACUGUCCCCCCAAGCUAUGGAUUAUAUGCGGCCUUUUUCCCAAUUCUGGUCUACUUUUUCUUGGGCACUUCUAAACACAUAUCUGUGGGUCCAUUUCCGGUUCUGAGCAUGAUGGUGGGAGCAGUCGUUGUGAAAAUAACCCCAUCGGACAGUACAGCUGCUCUGGAAAUCUCUAAUAGCUCAAUGAGUAACAAUUCCUCAACAGACGAGUAUAAGUUGAUGGUGGCUGCCACGGUCACCGUCCUUUCUGGAAUCAUUCAGUUGCUCAUGGGGGUCCUGCGUUUCGGAUUCGUGGUGAUCUAUCUAUCGGAGUCCCUCAUCAGUGGCUUCACCACAGCUGCUGCAGUGCAUGUCCUGGUUUCUCAGCUCAAAUUCAUGCUUCAGCUGAAGGUCCCAGCACACACUGAUCCAUUUUCAAUUUUCAAAGUGCUGAAUUCCGUAUUCACACAAAUAGAGGACACUAAUAUUGCAGACCUUGUGACCUCCUUGAUUAUCCUACUGAUUGUAUUUGUGGUUAAAGAAAUAAAUCAGCGCUACAAAGCCAAACUUCCAGUGCCCAUCCCAAUUGAACUCAUCAUGACUGUGAUCGCAACAGGUGUAUCCUAUGGCUUUGACUUCGAAAACAGGUUUAAGGUGGCUGUGGUUGGGGAGAUGAACAGAGGAUUUCAGCCCCCCAUCGCACCCGACAUGCAGAUUUUCCAAGAGACCCUCGGGGAUAGCUUCGGCAUUGCGAUCGUUGGCUUUAUGGUGGCCUUCUCCGUGGCCAGCGUCUAUUCCCUCAAAUAUGAUUAUCCGAUCGAUGGCAAUCAGGAGUUAAUAGCCUUGGGAUUGAGUAACAUAUUCACUGGAUCAUUCAAAGGCUUUGCUGCGAGUACCGCCCUCUCCAGAUCCGGGGUUCAGGAGAGCACUGGGGGCAAGACACAGAUCGCUGGGAUUCUCUCUGCUAUCAUCGUGCUGAUUGUCAUUUUAGCCCUUGGAUUUCUUCUGGAGCCACUACAAAAGUCUGUCCUGGCGGCUUUAGCACUUGGGAACUUGAAGGGAAUGCUGAUGCAGUUCACAGAGAUACGAAGACUCUGGCGAAAGGAUAAGUAUGAUUGUCUAAUUUGGAUCAUGACCUUCAUCUUUGCCAUUGUCCUGGGACUCGGUUUAGGCCUUGCUGCUAGCGUGGCGUUUCAGCUCCUGACCAUUGUAUUCAGGACCCAGUUUCCAAAAUGCAGCACUCUGGCUAACGUCGGAAGGAGCAACAUCUACAAGAAUAAGAAAGAUUACUCGGACAUGCACGAGCCAGAAGGGGUGAAGAUCUUCAGGUGUCCAGCCCCCAUCUACUUUGCAAACAUUCAGUUCUUUAAACAGAAACUUAUCGAUGCUGUUGGCUUCAAUCCACUACAAAUUCUACACAAGCGCAACAGAGCUUUGAAAAAAAUCCGGAAGCUGCAGAAGAAAGGCCUUUUGCAAGUGACACCUCUGGUCGAGGUUGAAAUGAUCACUGAUAUCAUCUCUAACUUCAGCUCUCAGUUCACAGAUGCCUCUGCAUCUGAUGAUCCAAGAUGA